CUGCAUCAAUUCUAUUUUUUUGCAACAAUGACUUUUGUGAUGCCUAAAAUUGAAGGACUUCUAGGAAUUCUUACCAUUCGUUUGUCUGAGGAUAACUUUGUUAAGUGGCACUAUCAGUUCCAAUCAGUGCUACAAGGUUACGAUCUCUAUGGUCACUUUGAUGGCUCUAGUAGUUGUCCACCUAAGUAUGUUGUCACAGAGAGUGAGGGAGUUACUGGUGAACUUACUGAAGCAUACAAGCAGUGGAUACAAAUUGACAAAGCUCUAUUGAGCUUGUUGAUUGCAACUCUUUCGAAUGAUGCGAUUGAAUAUGUUGUUGGUUGUAAGACAGCUAGAGACGCAUGGCUUAAUCUCACAGAUCGUUAUGCAUCUGUAUCAAGGUCUCGAGUCACACAGUUAAAAACUGAGCUUCACACAAUUAGUAAAGGUGCAGAUUCUAUUGAACGAUUCUUACUCAGACUUCAACAUCUUAGAGAUCAACUGACGGUUGCUGGUGUCAAGCUGACGGAUGACGAUAUUAUUAUUCCGGCUCUUAAUGGUCUUCCUGGUGAGUUUGAUAUAAUCAAGACUGUUAUCUUUGCUCGUGAGACUCCCAUCACUAUGAAGGAAUUUCGAGCACAAUUGCUUUCUGCUGAGCGUACAAUAGAGUCACGGGUGAUGGCAUUGUCUCAUCAAAUGUCUGGUCCCAUGAGUUCUGUUUCUUCCACUCAAGGCUCUAGCUCGCAGUCUUCUUUUCUCUCAGAUCGACUGUUGGUACUAUUCAUGCGCAGCCUACAUCUUCUCAUGGUUUUACUGGUGUGAAACAGUCAGGGCAUUCUGGUUUUCAAUCGAAUUCUUAUUCCCGGUAUCCACAACCUCUCAAGGAUUUUCUUCAGGGUCUGUCAGAUAUAGAGGCAAUUACAAUUCAUCACCACAGUAUUCAAAUCCAAGAGGGAAUUUUCAGUCACGUCAUUCUUUUGGUUCCUCUAUUCAAAAGUCUCAAGUAAUUCCUGAGUGCCAAAUUUGCAACAAACGAGGACAUACUGCUUUAAACUGCUUCUAUCGAGUUCCUAAAAAUUCUUCUGUCUCUAAUCCUGUUGUGGAAUGCCAGAUUUGUGGAAAGAAAGGUCACACAGCCUUGAACUGCUACCAUAGAGCUAACUUUGCCUAUCAAGGCACUGCACCUCCUGCUUAACUCCAUGCAAUGACAGCUCAAACCUCUCCUUCAUUUUCUGCUGAUGAGUUUUGGAUUGCCGACAGUAGUGCAUCUCAUCAUAUGACCAAUAAUGUGACUCAGUUGGCUCAAGUUGCUCCUUAUACCACUGAUGAGAAAAUAACUGUUGGGAAUGGCGAAGGACAAAGCAACGAAGGCUCUGUUGUACAAGGGUCGCAGUAACAAGG